GAGCUGGAUGACUCGAACUCCUUGUGCAGGCAGCCAGUAAAUCUGCAGCUACGUCUUUAAGCUUUAAAAUGAUACAUGAAACUGAGACAGAUAAACUCCCACAAACCUUGUUCUUUACUCCACAAAGCAGGAAAAUGGAAGCAGCAGCCUAAAUUAAUGGAGCUUUGCUACGUUCCUUAACAUUACAUAGUAUGGAUUAUACCUGAAUUUUAUCUGAUAUGCUUCCCUUUCAGCGUGUUCUUCAUGAAUUUUAACUUUUCUCUUUAAUGUUUUCUGCUCAACAGCUCUGUUAUUUUGUAGAUUGGAUGUAGCUAAACAAUAUCUGGUGUUAAAUAAUUGGCAAGGUGGUGUAGUUCAAGAACUCCCUAGACCUCACAGAAGCUGAAAUUAAUUAGUUCAUAUUAGUAAUCUGAAAACAAAGCAACGUAUUCUCAGUGGAAUGAAACAUUUCAGAUGAACAGAAGGGAUUUUUUUUUUUCAUUUUUGAAAGGAAAGCGUCUCACUUUUUCAUACCAUUCAAGCCUGAAUUGUAUUUUCUUUAGAGUUUUUGAUAAAAUUGAACAGGAAAAUCCCUUAUUUUUCUGCAGAAAAACAUCACUGGUUACUGUGCUCAUGAUUUGUGUGGGUUUGGCUACUUAGUUGCUAGGAACCGAUUUUUUCUUACUCCAUAUAGUAAGUUACUCAUAUAGGAUGCUAUUUUUUCAGUUACAUUUAGUGAGAUGAUGAAGGAUAGUGUGACCUGUGAUAGAAGGCUGUCUGGUCUGUAACAAUUCCUGUGAGUUGUGCAAGGAAUGCUGCAGAAUGGGAAGAAGUUUGAUUCCUCCAGAGACAGAAACAAGCCUUUCAGGUUCAAGAUUGGCAGGCAAGAAGUCAUUAAGGGAUUUGAAGAAGGUGUUACACAGAUGAGCUUAGGACAAAGAGCAAAGCUGACCUGCACACCUGAGAUGGCCUACGGAGCCACGGGGCACCCAGGGGUCAUCCCUCCCAACGCCACCCUCCUCUUCGACGUGGAGCUGCUCAGGUUGGAGUGAGUCUUCUCGAGGGAGGCACCUGUCGAUAACCAUCCGUUCCUUCUCCCCUUCCCCGCAGCGGGAGAAAUCUUCACUGGAAUCCUCACCUUCCCUGCUCAAGCUGUCACGUCAGUAGCGCCUGCUGUUCAGUUUCUGAAGCCUUCUCUCUGGUUUUUUAACUUUGUGGUGUCCGUAGUUGCCUUUUAUCAGAAGCUUUGCUUUGGGAAAAAAUGUCUACCGCUGUAACAUUUUCAAGUUGUACAUUUUAUUUACCUUGCAUGUAAUAAAACUUCACGGUGAUGAUUGCAAAUAUAUAUAAAUAUAAAUAUAUAUAUAUAUAUUCCUUAUUGAAAAACCACUGCCUUACUGUACACUUAAACCAAGAAAAAAAAAUAAAAACACAAAAGGUGCUCAAAAAAUCCAAUGUACGCCUUGUACAUGAACGGGCAUUAGCCAAACAGAGUUACCUGCGCUGCCACUUUUCUCAACUUGUACGUUCUGCUUGCUGCUGUUUUAAAAAGUACUGUCUCAUUUAAGAAUUAAAUAUAUAUAUAAAACAAUAAAAUAUUGAUACUUUACAAUUUCUGUUUUCUUUUUUUUUUUCUGCUUUCCACUGGCCACUGGAAUUAUUUUUGGUGCAUAAGAUGUUCUUCAGACACUCAUCUACUGAUUUUCUUGUUAAUUAUUUCUCUCUUUACAUGAGUACAUGUAAUUCCACGUACUGCCUCUGUUACAGAUCACACAGUAGAAGAUCUCUGUGGGAGCAGCAGUACCUGGGAGGGUGCAUGUAGGGGCUGCCGGGACAGGGAGGUUUCCUGACUCUCCAUCUCCCCUGCACUGCUGGUGGCCCCUCAACUCUGGCCAAAAUUUAGCUGCUGAGGAGAGGGAAGGGGAUGUUCCUACAGCGCAGGUUCAAUUCUCUGCCUUUACAAGGGUAAAACUAGUGUAACAAUUCCUGCUGGAGCUGAACUAGGCUGAAAAUGAGCAAAAUUACAUGUAUCCACCUCACAAAACCAAUCUGAACGUGGACCGAUGCGGCCACUGAACACACCUUAUUCUUAGGCUGCACUUUUUGGUGCUGGUCACGUAACCUGUAAUUGUACUCCCCGCACCAUGCUCAUGGCACUCGAGGCAACAAUACUUCUUUCAUUUGACAGUUAUACGAAUGCACAAAGCACUGGUUCCUCCUCUGGAGGCAGGAAGAUGUGUAGACUCUCAUUUCCCUAGUUUUAGCAGAUAAGGAGAGCUGCCUCUGUACUGUUAUUUUUGCAUUGCCUAAACUUGGUUUCUCACAUUUUGGCUUGCUUUUCCGCUCUGCACUGGAAAAAUGUACAUCACUGGGGCAUGAUGUUAUCUUUAUUCGGCCUGGCUUUAAGCUAUUUGUGUAAUUUUUCAACUGCUGGGUUUUUGGAACCGUUGGUGUGCUAUUUCCCUGUGCGAGUCUCUGCAAGUGCGAGGAGACAGGCUGCAAAGCCACGUAGUGAGGUGAUACCGCCUGGAGGUGAGAGAGGAAAGGGGCACAGAACACCAGGACUACCAAUUUGAUCACCAGUGACCACAGAUUUCUCUCUUCUCUUGAUUUGCGUUUUAGCCACAAAGCUGCGUUUUAUCUUGUUAAUUCAUAAGCAAACAAACCCCAUCUCUUGCAGACUAUAGUUCAUUGAACAUUGGCAGAGUAAACACUUGUCUUCCUUAAAACUUUGGGACCCUGUUUUGGUGGAAAUGUAGGAUGACUGCAGCAGCUAGGUUCCACACAUCUCACCAAGAGUUCUCAGCGAGGACCUUUCCCAAAUGCCUCGAAAGCAAAUGGUGCUGGGAAGAAUCAAUUCAGUGCACCUGGAAAAACUGCAUGCUCCCAGUACGCCUCCAUCACCUCUCCACCCUGCUGCUGUCUAUGCAACAGCUGGGACAUCGCUCUCCUUUUCCCCUUCACAGGGUUUCUUACCAGGGAGAAAGAUAAAAAAAAAAAGUAGGCUCCUUUCCAGUGCCCUCAGCUGUACAACCCCACCAUUACCCAGUCUGUAAAAUCCUCGUUACAGCUGCUUGAUGAAGCUUUCUCCCUCAUCACCCCCCUCUCUCUUCAGAGACCUUUGUUGGAAGCAGAGAUUAUUACAUUUUUCAUGCCAAUUUCAUUAAAAAAAAUCUGAAAGGAAAACUAAUUGUGCUUUGUGAUACUUAGGGGAAUUAAGUCUUCAAGGAAAUGUAAUCUUCAGCUCUUUAUUUGACUGCAAAUGUGUUAAUUUAUUUAAUUGUAUCAUCGAUCAACACAGUACAUAUAAUUAUUACCACUAUAUAAUGGAUUGGAAAAAAUCUACUGUCACUGCCUGUGUAAUCAGAUAUGCUCUUGUUACUAAUUUCUAAACAAUAGAGAUGGAAAAAAAAUGACCUUCCAGGCUUAAUUUCAUGCCCUACUUCCUGAAAAAUUAAAUGGAAAGCGAGCACACACAAAAACCAGCACAGAUGUAGACUGCAAGGCUGGUAACAUCUGCCUUAUUUGCUGCCCUCUCUGCCAUUCAUAUAACUGAACUCAUUUCCCCGUCCUUUGAUAUUACAUUUCAAACAAAAUCUUGAGCAGACCUCAUCAAAACAGUCCUCCGGGCAUUCGAUUUCCAUUCCCUCUGUCUUGCAGGUACAAAUUAUUAUUUCAUUUUACAUGUACAGGGACAUUGAAAGCCCUGAACAGGCACUAGAAGAAGUAUGAAAUGGAAUAUUUAAUGAAAGGCAGCAGCUGAGCUCUCCGAGAAAUCAAAAGCUGCUGAUCUUGAGGAUUCAUUGAAGGAAUUUUUAUUAAUCUUAUUACCCUAAAGAAUUGCUUUUUUUUAUAUAUAUAUAUAUAUAUAUAUAUAUAUAUAUAUAUUUCAAACAGCAUCGAAUCCUCACCCAAACAGACACUACAGUGCACGCAACACGCUCUGUGCUAUUGACAGACCAAAUGCAGUAUUUGCACAUGAUUUUAAACAAGGCAGACAGAACGUGGCUUCAUCCUUAGUGCAUCAGUGUUUUAUUACCAG